AUGCAUAUAUAUAUGUAUGAAUAUCAAUACCUGCAAGCUGUAGCUGCUGUACCAUGGUCCACUGCGCGCAGACAUCUUGUACGCACAGCCGGCAAGUGCACGCCACAAUCAGCCACCGGCCGCAUCCGGCUGAACGUCGGCGGGCAGGUGUUGGAGACGACGGCCGACACUCUCACAGGCGCGGGCGAGGGAACCAUGCUGGGCGCCAUGUUGGAACCCUGCUGGAAUGCUGGUGCCGCUGGCGGCGUGCCCGAGCACUUCAUCGACCGCGACCCGGUUUGCUUCGCCUCGCUCCUCGACAUGCUCCGCACGGGGGAGCUCCACGCCCCGGCCGGCGUCCCGGACCGGGUGCUCUUCCGAGAGGCGUCCUACUACCGCCCCGUCGUGCGGGUUUACAAUUGGAUGCUCGAGGAGCCCCUGCCGAUCUGCCUGACGCCUACCGAGCCGGUCCGUGAUGCAGCCUACCUCAGCGAGUCCACACUCCUCGUCGGGGGCGGUGGCUUGGCGGCUUUCUCCGGCCUCACCGGCGACCUGACUCAGCACUUCCGCUUAGCGCACGCCGGCGUGAAGAAGGCUCCACUGUUUAACGCGGGGGCACUUGUGGCCUUUGAUCAGCAAACCAAGGUUUUUGCUAGCUGCAAUUCCAGGGACAGCGGCUACUACGGCAUCGGUGUCUGGGACUGCAUCACCGGCGAGCAUACAGACUCUUUUUUGAACCAGAAUCUUGACUGCGCUCUGGGCACCGCCAGCAAGCUUCAGUGGCUGGCAAGCACCAAUGCGCUAAUGGUGAUCAAGGCAUGCUCACCGGAAGAUUCUUGGUCGUCGUCUUCCAUCACUUUGGUGGAUUUCCGGGAUAUGAGCGUUGUUUGGUCAUGUUGCAGCGGCACCCAGAACAAGGACCACAGGCGCGUUGCCGAUGCCGUUGUGAUGGAGGACGAGAGGUCGGUCUGCUUGAUCAGCCAGAACCAUGAUCUCGGGUUCCUCGACAUCUGUUGCGAGAGCUCUGGUCUGCAGCCUUGGCCGUGGACACCUCAGAGCAAGGUGACAGCCCCGACGUGCUAUCCGAAGCUCGCCGUGCACAGCGGACUGCUCUUAGCGUCCAAGGAUGACACCAUCUCAGUGUAUUGCGGCCCAAAUCAUGACCACCUGAGGCUGGCGUUGCGUGGGAGCCAAGGCGGUGGCGCCAUUGCCGACUUCUCGGUUGGGGGCGACCGUCUCUUCGCGGUACAUCAUGAGGACAACGUGCUGGAUGUCUGGGCGACCCUGCCGCGGCCACCUCCCAUCGCCUAA